AUGGCUGCCACGGUCAAGUCCUCCGUCAAGGUCUUCGGCGGGCUCCUGCAGCGGCUGACCCAUCGCUCGAGCGCCUGCGCGUGCGACAUGACUUUCGCGGUCUACAUGCCGCCGCAGGCCGCCGCGGCGCCUGUGCCGGUGGUGUACUGGCUCUCCGGCCUGACGUGCACCGACGAGAACUUCCACCAGAAGAGCGGUUUCGCGCGCGCCGCGUCGCAGCUCGGCCUGUGUGUCGUCAUGCCCGACACCUCACCUCGCGGCGUGCAGAUUGACGGCGCGGACGACUCGUACGACUUUGGCUCGGGCGCCGGCUUCUACGUGGACGCCACGCAGCCCAAGUGGCGCGACCACUACCAGAUGUACUCCUACGUCAAGGCCGAGCUGCCGGAAGUGGUGGCGGCCGCGUACCCCGGCAAGCU